AUGACCUCGCAAGCGACCGUCCUGGGCACUGGCCAGACCUUCUGCGAAGAAAAAGUCCAGGUCGUCGGUGAGAUCAUGGCCAAGCCCCCUUUCAAGGACGAUUUGGUCCCCAUUCCCUUCACCCAGGAGGGCGGAGAGGAUCAGCUGUUGCCAGGAGAGUAUGUGGGCUACACCAGACGGCAGGUAUGCUAUCUUGCAGCGAAGGCCCUCAUGGGUGCUACAUUCGAUGGUUACAAUGAUGGUUUGUCGCGCUAUUUGUCCAAAGAAGGCCCGGGUGGCUGUUUGCCACGGAAGGGCGCCUUCGGCAAGGUGCUUUGGUCUUUGCUGAUGUCCUGCGUGGCCGACCCAUCUCUGCAAGAUGAGAAGCCUGGUCCAGAGCUGCUGGUGGUGAAGCAGCAACCGGUGGACAUGUCUUCCGAGCGGCUGCAGCAACUUGCGGACAUGACAUCUAUGUCUGGAGCAGCCUUGCGUGUUUGUCGCUAUGAAGAGGGCUCCGUCUACAAGAUGGGUUUCCUGCCUGGAGUGCCCAAGAGCCCCCCCGAGCUUUGCUCCCAGCCCUCAACCCAAAGAGGGGUGGACUAUCUCUCGACGAGUGCCAUGGGGCAGGCUGCUGUGCUCCCCAGCAGCCGUGUCGGAGGACAGAUCUAUGGUUCGAGUUGUGGAGGAGGUGGACUCGACGAGAACAUCAUGUUGUUUAUGCCAGAAGUCGCUGUCCUAAGCCUCCUGCUGUCGGAGUCAAAGACUCAGCCGCAGCUUCAAGCACCUGCAUGGGUUUUGGGCGCAAGGAUGAUUAUGACAGGCUUGGAUGGCACUGGCCACUGGAUGGCGGGCAUGGUGCCGGAUGCCAAGUUGCGAUUGACGUCUGAUUUGACCACCAUUCACCUCAAUGGAGCUCCGCUAUUGAUGAGCAAAAGCAAGCCCUUUGUGGCCGUUCCGCCUGCGUUCCAGGUGUCCUUCCAGGACGUCGAUGACCUCAAAGAGGCUCGACAAAACCGGAACCUGGACCAGCGCGCAGUGAAGGGCCAGAACUCCUUUGCCGCCCAGGCCGCGCCGAAGAUGUGGCUGGUGGAAGGCCCUCAGCUUGGACGCUGUACCACCAGCAUUGCGGCGCUCAAUGCCAUCACUGGUCUCAUCCAUUGGAACGGGUCCUUGGAUGUCUGGUUCGCGCUUCGGAGAUUCUCAGCUGGAUGUCUUGUCUAUUUGGUUGGGCCAAGCCCUGGUGGCCAAGACUUGGACGGGACACUUGCUGUCGGACUACUACCUCUAUUCUUACUUCACCGAGAAUCCGGGGAACCAGUGUUUCCUGCAUUCCUCCUCGCGAUGUGGUGA